CACCACCACCGCCAGGACACUUCCUCAUCACACCACGCCGCAGAGGCAGUCCUUCUCCUCUGACUUCUAAGCGCCGUUUAUCAUUCUUCAUCUCAUCCCGAAGGCCCGCGACAUGCUGCCGUAAGCAAUGGUUCACAUCCAUCCCUCACCUCAGCCAGCAUCUACCCCGACAGGACCUCACCCAUGACCUCCGGUCAAGGUCUCGGGUCCACCAACCCCUGGGCAGAGGAGCCUCCAGCGUCUAGAUAUGAUGAAGACUUAGCUAGCAUCCUCGAAAGCCAAUCGCAGAUUGCUGAUGGCAGCGAAAAAAGUCUGCAGACCCGAUCGGCAGAAGCAACUGCGCUGACGGACGACCCAGCUCCCUCUUCGGAGCCCUCCUCUCGUCCGGACUUCCUCAAUGGAGAUGACUACGAGGGCAGUAGACCCGGGACCGCAUCCUCAGGUACUUACUCGGCAAAGCUGAGGUCUAUACUCGGAAGCGAGGGGGCGGAUGAGACCGCAGAGACUCCGGAUCCCAGCGGGCAGAAUGAGCUUAGAGCCACAGGGGCAGUCAGCAUACCAGAUGUUGCCAAUAUGACAAUGGAUUCCCAUGCCGAUACCACCUUCGAGCUGCCGGACAACUCAAUGCGCUCAAUACCCCACGCGCCUGACAAUGCUAGAUUCCGCUAUAGGCCUGGCUUCCACAAGGGCAGGGACCCUAGUCUGUCCUUCUCAAUCUCGAGCUCGCAGCACAGCGGCUUCGAAGCUCCUCGGCGGCCUGCAGAAUACCCAAGUCUAUCUCGCCUACGAGCGAGUGGCAUCCUUCGACCCAUCUCGUCACCCUCAAGUAAAGCCGCUGAUCGUUUUCGUUUUCCCUUUGGUUCAAUGAGCUCCAUCUCAACUGCACAUCGAAACACUUUGGAGGCAGGGUCUUCUGCACCGAAUAGUGUAUCUCGCGCAACUUCGAUAUCUAGCUCGAUGUCUGCUCAAAGGAACCGCAUCUUUCCUUACGGAGCCAAUGACAUUGAGGCUUCUUCCGACUUCAGCAUCGAUUCAUCCAUCCAGCGUCACCGGGCUGACGUGCAUCAUGGCGGUAAAAUUGCGCAGACUGACCUCACAGAGAUGGGCAUCGCCGAUCGAGGGAUCUUCAAAUGGUCGGCUUUGCGCAAAGUAGCAGCAUACUUUCAAGAUGGAGGCAAGAGACCCAAAGAAGUACCUAUACCAGAGUCGAACCAGACGCUUCCGCAAGUCACUGGUGACAAAACAUUGUUCGUCGUAGGGGGCUCGUUGCUGGCCGUCGGCACUACCGAGGGCUACACUUUGGUCUUCGAGUUUGCCCAGAAUUUCAAAUGUAUCUGCGGUUCACCAUCUUUAGGUCGUACAGGCGGUCAGGUGACCUCGCUAGCUUUUUCAGCUGACAACUCUUUCCUGGCCGUGGGACACGCCAAAGGACACGUUGCCCUCUACGACUUGGCCAAGCCGUCGUCGCCAGCUCGUCAAGUGCCGCCUGUCAUGGCCUCUGAAGUUGCAGCUGGGAGGAGGGAAGGGCACCUCAUAGGCUCCAGGGUUCUCCAGGUAGCCUUCGUUGGGGCCAGACAUACGGCAAUCUUCACAGCUGACGAGAAUGGACUCAGCUUCUAUCAUUCGCUGGGAAAGAUAUUGGGGGUAGCAUCCAACGAUACUCUUCGCAUCCUUGGACGCUAUCCUGAAUACAUGCCGCCUCACGAGGGUCAAGCUGACGGAAUCACUGCGAGGCAUAGACGAAAGAGAUCGCCGCCAAUACUGGCUCUCACGCCGCUGCCUCUCGGACCAGUUGAUCAUCCUUCAGACGUAGUCCAUUUCGUUGCCCUCAUGACCACUCAAAAGCUUGUCGUCGUCGGUCUGAGCCCCAGCGCUCGUACAUGGUAUCGCAAAUCAGCUCCCCGCCCAUCCGCUGCGGAGAAGCCUCGGUUCGUGACUGAGGCCGCGUCGGCAACACUCGCCGAUGCAGUCGAAGGGGACGAGCUUCAAGGUCUGGAAGGGCCCGCAGAGGCGCCCACUCUUAAUCACAUCCUCUCGCCGAGUCUGUCCGACGAGACAAAACAGCGAGACGAUCAUCACAGAACAGCUUGCGCAUCUUGGUUUCCUGCCUUCCAAGCAGAUGAAGUCUCGUCGUGUACCGAUGCCUCGGGCUUCGUCCAGCCGCGGCUUGCCUUCGCAUUCGACCGACAGGUGUAUCUUCUCGACCUUGACGCACGCGAGGCUGUCGCUACUGACAACAGCCACGACAACAGCAGAACGAACGGGAGUAACGCUCAGCAGCAGCGCAAGACAGAGCUACACUUUUCGGAGAGGCUGAUCUGGACGGAACCUACAGAGGUGGUUGAAGCAAUUCAGUGGCUCUCACAUGAGCUGCUACUACUUCUGACGCCGACCAGCUUGAAACUCCUUGACAUGAGAGUCGGCAGAGUCACAGAGAGAGAAAGCUUGGAGCCGACUCUCAGGUCACUCGUGAGGAUGUCGUCUACUUCAGUAGACAAGGAAGGACAGCCUGCUGGCAAUGCUCCUUCCUCCUCCACCUUCGUGGCUCCCAGUGUGCGGGUACACAAGGGAAGGGCCUUCUUCCUGACCCGUCCGCAAAUAGUGGUCGGCCAGCUCAUUACCUGGGGAGAGCGGCUGCUAGGUCUCGUCUCUACGGGCGACUUCCUCUCUGCCAUCGAUCUGGCAACUCAGUACUAUGAAGGUACAGUCCCUGGAUCUUUCAUAGGGUUGCCACAGGACCCUGCCCUCCUGAAAGAACAAGUCGGGAGCAAACUCCGAGAGCUCAUGUCUGCUUCUGCUCGUUAUACCUUCUCUCCGGACCGGUUGACGGACACGACCCACGUCACUGCAGACGGACGAGGUGUUGACCGCACGGAGCUCUUCGUGAGUCUCACCCGCACCUGCGCACAUGCUUGUCUCGCAAUGGGCGACAUGAACUUUCUCUUCGAUGAUCUAUACGAUCUCUUCUCCGACAAUGGCAUCGAGAGUAUCUUUGUCGAACAGAUGGUCGACUUCAUCCUGGCAGGUCGGAUGAGACAACUGCCCCUUCCCGUCACACAGCGCCUGAUCUCUUCAUGCCAACGUGAGGAGAAGUGGGAUGUAGCGGAGAAGAUCAUCUGGCAUGUCGAUCCUCUGUGCCUCGAUCUUGAUCAGGUCCUCAAAAUGUGUGCGAAGCAGAAGCUCUAUGAUGCGAUGAUCUACGUCUUCAACACUGCACUGAAGGACUUCGUGUCCCCCGUCGUCGAGCUGCUUGGCCCUCUCAAGGACUAUCUGCGAGCGAGAGCGAUAAGCGGCAUGACCAACGGAUGGGGUGACGAGUCACAUGAUGCAGCCGAUGCGGAAGAGUACAAUAUGGAGCCAGCGGCUAGCAGUGAAGGGUACAAGAUCAUGUCUUAUAUGUCGGUCAUCCUAUCUGGAAGGUCGUAUCCGGCUCAGCAGGUCCUAGAAGAAAGUCUCAGUCAACAAGCGAAGAGUUCUCUCUAUGACUUCAUCUUCUCAGGUCAUUGCAUCGUCUGGCCUCCGGGCGGGGGCGGCAAGCUGGUCCUGUCGGUUGAUGAAUCCGAGACGGAGCCUGCAUACCCUUACCUGCUACUCCUGCUGCGGUUCGACGCCGAAGCGUUCCUCGAUGCUCUCGACAUCGCUUUCGAGGACGCCUUCCUCGAUGAGGAUCUGGACGAGGGGCAGCAAAGAACAAAUAAUCUUCAAAGUCAGGUUACUCGGCAGACAGUUGUUGAGAUCCUUCUCGAGGUAUCGGCCUCGCUAGCGGAGAGCGAUGUGAUCUUCACAACCAUCUUCAUCUCUCGCAACGCGCCAAAGUAUCCUCAAUUCAUCCGUCUCUCUGCAAGCACGGUGUCAACGCUGCUGGUCUCGCUCAGUCGCACAGGUGACGAGUCGACGAGAGAUGAUCGUCAGCUUGCAGCCGAGUCCCUUCUCUCGGCCUACAGGCACUCGUUCACAGACGAGGACCUCGACAUGUUCGAGCAAGCCGGCUUCUGGCGGAUCCUGCAGUCAGCGUACAAGGCUGCAGGCAAGUGGGAGAAGCUCACCACAAUGCUGCUUAGCGAUCCCGAUUUGGGCGAGGGGGUGUUCGGCCGGCUGACUGAAGUGCUUACAAAGGCCAAGAGCCGUACUCAGAGCAGCAAGACAGAGCUGGCUUCGAUGAUAGUACACGCUGUUCCUCACUUGAUGCCCUACAGUGCCGCUCAGGUGGCACAGCUCAUCGAUCGGUUCUACCCGGACAAGCAUGCUCAAGUACUCGACGAGCUUGAAGCCGAUGAGGAGUCGCAGUUCGAGUACUUGAGAGUCUUUGUUGACCCUCACGACAGUGAACACCACGGCGAGGAGGGUCUGCACCCUGCGGCCAGGCGACCUGACAAGAACCACCUCGACGCGGAUGCGCGAGAGCUCUUUAUCGCCUUGCAGUCACGUUUCGAUGCCUCUGCUCUCCUCCGAGUGCUCGACGAGCACCAGAAGGACCCUGGCUACUUUGAUCUCGAGACAGUCGUGGAAGUCGCGCGGAGGAACAGUGCAUACGAUGCAAUACUAUGGGCUCUGGACAGGCAAGACCAGCCCGCCAAAGCCUUUGAUGCCCUCGAUGAGACCAUUGCUACCGUGGCGCUCAAGAUGCGCAAAGCGAGUGAGGGAAGCUACCAAGUGCAGGAAAUGGCAGCACAAUUGAGGAGGGCGACCAACAUGGCAGUGAGAAUCUGCAGCGAACGCUGCGAGCCAGCGUCUCUACGUGUGCACACUGCAUUCAAGGUCGACGAGAUGUGGUACCGCCUGCUGCGCUCCCUCGUGAGUCUCAUCCACGCUGUAGCUACCCCAGGGGAAAUCUCUUCGGAGUCCUCCGCCGCCUCUUCGCCUGCACUGCAGCUCUCGAGAGACAUUGUACAGGACACCCUCUCCGCCAUGGUCACCUCCAUGUCCGCCGCGACUGUCUCCUUUCCACACCUCUUCCGGCGAUUGGUGGAUGCAGAGCCGGCGGCCAAUGACGGCGGCAGUGCCGGUGCAGGACAGACAGUACGGUACUAUGCCGAGGUCAAGACCGUCGUCGAGGGCAUGCUGACCGCGUGUCGUCUGCGCACGGAUCUGCUGAGCAUCACCAAUCGUAUUUUUGACCGGGAUACCUUUUCUAGUCUGGCGCAGCUCACGAGGCAGAGCAAGAGAGGUUGGCGGCCGGCGUACGAGGAUGGUCAUAUAUCUCAGGCACUUGGCUCCACGCGUGGAGCAGGAGGACCAGGAGCGGCCAGUACUCCCACAACACCAGCACGAAGACGCCCUCGUCGUACCUCUUCGACCUCCACCGCCGCAACUGCUACAGCUACUGGUCCUGCAAGUGGGACUAGGAAGACGCCUACGCGAGGCAUCGAUUUCCUGUCGAGCGCCUCUGCCUCGUCCUUUGACAGCGCGUCCUACUUGCCACUGCAGGCUUCGGCCUCGCCAUCGUCUUUGCCUUCGCCAUCACCGCUGACGCCUAGACUCGACAAGGGCAAGGGUCGGGAGAGGCCGAUUGAGGAGGUGCGGCGGGAGGACGAGUUCGGUGGAGUGGAGGAGGACCACCAUGGCGGCGGUAGCGGCUCAGUGCAAGGAGGAGACUACUUUAGCUCUCCCCUCACAUCUCAAGGCGAAGACGUGGCUGGGAGCGGACCGGAUCCGAGUGAAGGGUUCUUGAGCACACCCUUUGCCGCCUUGUACGACGAGGUUCCCAUCCCUCUACCUGCGCAGGAGUCGGCGAUGGCGGGGGAGAGGAUGAUGACGCUGGGUGGUGGCGCAGGUGGUGGACGAGGACCGGUAAGAGUGCGGUUAGGGGUUGCUCGGUAGCGGUAGCAGUAGCGGAGGCAGUGGCAGUGACGCAAUAUCACCCUGUGCAUGGCGAUGUUGAUUGGUUAUUCGCCUUCUUGUACCUUCCUUACAAAUACAUUCGGCCUCGCCGGUCUGGCUGCUCUGUCCCACCUUCCAUCCAUCAGCUUUCCUCGUCUCCUCUCCUGU